AUGAGAUCAAGAUCACCCUCACCAACCAACAGUCCCCUUUCUCGCUCACCACAGCAUGAUGUUAAGAUCACCCGGACCAAUAGGACUGAGAAAAGCAUUAUCGUCCCAAUAACGGUCAAUGGAACAACAACUGAAGCGGUUAUUGAUACUGGGGCCGACGCCACAGUCAUUUCUGAGAAAUGGGCAAAUGAAAUAAAUUUGCUGUAUACUAAGCCAAAGAAAGAUAUUCGUUUAAUGACAGCUGAGGAUGGUGCAGAGAUGACAGGAUUGGGAGUAGUCACUGCGACUCUCCAAAUUGGGGAAGAGGUGAGGGAACUACCAGUUGUGAUAGCUCCUAUCAGAGACAACAUACUGGUGGGCAUUGAUCUACUCCAAUCUGUACAGACCAUUAUCCAUACAGGAGAAAAGAACCUGGAAGUCAACGGAAAAGUAAUCCCAGGACACUCUCAGUUGAACAGAUCAGGGAGUGUUUUUGCCAGGAGUAUAUUUAGAGUACAUGCAGAUGUUGUGGUGCCACCAGGAAGUGAGAAAAUAAUCAUCGGACGAUUUGAGACACCAUCAGACACUUCUCAAGAAAUACUGGAGGCAUUCAAUCAUCAUAGCGGAAUGCGAGUUGGGUCAUGUCUUGUCUCUAUGAAUCAAACUAUUCCUGUGAGAGCUCUCAACAUGAAGGAUAGCGAGAUUAAACUCACAAAUUGCACAUUUCUAGGAAAAGUUGAGGAUUCUGACCUAGCUUGGGACUCAAACAUGAGCAGGGAGCCUUCCGUAAACACCAGUGUCGAGCCAGAACAUUUACAAGAGGCUCCUGGGAGAAACAGAGAGGUUCCGUUGCAUGUAAAGGAUAGUUUUGAAGAGUCCUCAAAAGGACUGUCAUCAAAUCAAAAAGAGGAUCUCUGUAUGCUGCUGAAUGACAUUCCUGAUAUAUUUGCUAAGGAUGACUACGACCUAGGCAGAUUCAGCGGAGUCAGACAUAAGAUUGACACAGGUGAAAACAAACCUAUACGUCAACCCGCAAGAAGGACACCAUUGGGUUUUCAAGCUGAGAAGGACGCCAAUCUACAAAACCUCUGGACACUGGUGUUGUCAUUCCAUCUAGUUCCGAAUGAGCAUUACCAGUUGUACUUGUUCGCAAGAAAGAUGGUGGCGUGCGUUGGUGCAUAG